GUUGCAGGUGGAGCUGUUGGGCUCUUGUUCUCGGUUCCUGAGCUGGUUAACGACUGCCAGAACCUGGACAACAAUGAGACUGAAGUCAGCGAGACCCUGAGGGAAAACGCCAGGGCCAUAAGGACCUCCGCUCAGGAGACAGAGGAAGAGUUGGAGAAAAUAAGAGAGCAGAAGUUUCCUCUGACGGACUCUGGUGAGCAGCUGAUCCUCCCUCUGGACUCCAUCUGCUCCAAAGACAUCCUAUCAGACAGAAAAAUCCUUCAGCUGUCAGAGAAUAAAAGAACCAGAACAGCAGUGAUGGCUUCCCGACGCUGGGCCGGCUUGUUCCUGUUAGCCUCGUUGAUCCUUCUUCUGCACUGGACAAACACCUCUGCUCGGUCUGUUGAUGACGCACCACAGGCCCAAUCCCUGCAGCGCAGAGCUCAAAGAGAGCUACCCGACAGUACCAGAGAGUGGGUGCAAGCAUCUACAGAAGUCGUCAAAAGCAGUCUGACUGUCAUCAAAGAAGUGAUCGAAAACAUUCCCGUCGACAAAGUCACAGAUGUGAUGAAGAGCUUCUCUAAGUUCGCCAGCCUGGCACCCGGCAUCGGAACUCUGGUCGCGUCCGUCCUCAAUAUGGUCUUGGCGUUAAUCCCUCAGGAGAACCCGGUGCUGAAUGAGGUAAAGAAGGGGUUUGCUGAGGUGAACCGGAAGCUGGACUCUCUCUCCAUCCAGAUCUCGAACCUGGCAGCAGAUGUAGAAUGGUUCAACUAUGCCAGCGUCUACUCUAGAGACGAAGUCACCAUCCUCAACGCCUGGGAAAAGUUCAAUGACCUUCGUCAGAACAGCAACUUGGUGCAAAGUGCAGAAGAGAGACUCAGACUGGCUGAAAUAUUCACCAGCUACUAUGAAAACUCAGGAGCCGAGUCCAGUGUGUACAAUCUUUACCGCUACCUGACAGUUGAGAGUGCAUCUCUGCAUGAAAACCUCAACAAUCUGCUGAAGAAGAAGUUUAAAUGUGGCAUUAAUAUAAUCGGCAGAUACAACUUGUACUUCAGCAGCUUGUUGUGGAAGGGCAUGGUGCUCAACCAGUUCUACUGGAAGCUGAUUGGUUUCAACACAGAAAGCAAAGAGGCUGAACAUGUGCAGAUGUUCAAGAAGGUCUCUGAAGCCCAGCUAGCCGCCAUAGACUACUGCUUACAGAAUUAUGAGCAGUACAUGAAGAAAGAUGUGGAGGAGACUGCUAAAGGACUCAGUGCUGAUGACAAAACUGCUGUGGCACUUAAGGUGAAAGAGGUUCUGGACAAGAAGUAUAACUGGUACAAGUGGGUGGUGGUGGUCUACAACAAGGCAGACAAAGACAAUCACCUGGUGUUUGGUGCCACUGAGGUUGAUGCAGGGAGCAUCAUUGUGCUUGUGAGCCACACUCUCCAUGGAGCUCAGAUAGAUGUCCCAUAUGUUAAGAAAACUGCAGAAACCUGUUUCAGCAAUGAAUACUGCACAAACAUCCGAACAGAUCAAUGCCAGGAAAGCCACUCGCCUCAAGCCUGGGGGGGUGAUUCUCUUCCUGUCGAAAUUGUUUUUAAUAAAUAUGCCAUAGUGUCACAUGUCACCUACAAUGAAGAAUUUGCAGAGUUCCCAGCACCUCUUCAUCGAGUGGGCUGCUCCUGGUCAACUGGUGGUGGAAGGAUUUCCAUACAUUUCUCCAGGAAGCUGCCUGUCUGUACAAAUUAUCCCUGUCAGAACAACGGACGGUGUGAGAGAGUCCUGGACUCAAACGAAUGGUUCUGCCGAUGCCCCACUGGAUUCUACGGAGAACACUGUGAGCAGCGCAUUGACACAAGACCAGCACCCAAAAAAGAUGCCAUCUUCCCCCCCAUCAAAUCCAUCCAGGACAGGGUCAAAAACCUUGAGCACAACCUGGAAAAAAUCAUGAACAGAUGUCGCAUUUCUUAGGAGAUUUCUGCAGGAUUCUGAUGGAUGACACCAAUGACUUAAUUCCAACCGACUGCUAAAAGUCAUCUGAAAACCGAAAUUACAGCAAAUGAACAAGAACUGAUGAAUCAGAAAAGACUGGCCCUGCAAUUCAAUAAACCGCCACAAGAUGGCAACAAAUAUUCAUGUUUCAAUAAAAUGCUUCUGAAUAAAUUGAUAGAAGGGAUGCUGUUUAUUUCUAAUGAAAAUAAAUGUUAACAUUUAUUGGAGUUUAUUUUCUCCUGGAAGCCUUGGGUUCAGCUGUUUUAGCUAUUUAAGCUUAAAAACUGCUAAAAUUUAUGGACAGACAAACAGUUUAUAUUGUGCUUUAAUAUAACCCCCUCAGCAAAGCUGUAAAGUAUAAUCACCAAAAGCAAAGGUAAAACAGAAACUACAUAAAAGACAUGAAAAGACACACACACACACACACACACACACACACACACACACACACACACACACACACACACACACACACACACACACACACACACAUAUAUAUUCAUGUGUGUGCAGUACUGAUAAAUGAUGCACCACAGGGUUCUUUUUCAUUGGCUUUUUUUUCACUCCACUAAUUCUCACCUGGAGAUGAUUGAAGGAAACAGUUGAUGGAUGAAUAAAGAGGUGUUCUGCAGCUA